AUGGAUCACUCCCCCGAAGGCAUCUCGCCUACGAGCGCCGACCCUGCCAUCGCUGCCAAUGCCCCUCCGAGCCAGCCUGCCAAAACACAAGCCAAAUUCCCUCCACCCAAGACAGACAAGCCUCGACCACACGUAUGUGGAACCUGCGGUAGAUCGUUCGCCCGUCUGGAGCACCUCAAGAGACACGAACGCUCGCACACCAAGGAGAAGCCCUUCGAAUGCCAGGAAUGUAAAAGAUGUUUCGCCCGUCGAGACCUGCUUCUGCGCCAUCAACAAAAGCUGCACUUCACAAACAACCCUUCUAGCCGACCAAAGAACAACAGGCGCGAAAGUACAAGUGGCCCCGUCAAUGGUGGUCGUGUAAGGAAGGGCUCGAUAGCCAAUGCCGGUACAGGCGCCGGAAAUGCAGGAGGCAGACCCCGAGCAAACACGCUCGGCCACUUGGACCUGGGCUCUCUUGGUCUGAUGGGUGUUGUUGCCCCUGCCGAAGCACAAAGACCAUCCCAUGCCAGUAUGGCACAUCACCGUAUGAGUAUGAGCAACGCCCAGCAGCGCCCAUCGAAUCUGGAUCUCCAUAGCAUCAACAACAUGACACAUUCCGGAAUGGGGCAGCAAGACGGCUUUGACUUGUCCCGCGUUGAUACCCACACAUCUCACAUAGACUUUGGUGAGCCCCUGACACAUAUUCACACUGCUCCCGCCUAUACAGGCAUGCAGCAUUCCGAUUUGGAACAAAUCUUCACGCCAGGAGGGAACACGAUAAAUCCUGCUCAGCUUCAUUUCGCUGCAUCGACAGCGCCACAGCCUGUAAACCUGCAGAGCUUCCAUAUGAACCAGUUUGAUCUUUUUGGCCAAGGGGACGAUUUCGCAUGGAUGCGUGACUGGGAUUCACAACUACAAUCCCACACCAAUAACGAGGCCAUUGACCAGUCAUCCCCAUCUCAAUUCAGUACGACCAGCCAGAGUGGUUACUCGGAAACUGUGACAGAUGGCCCCUUCCACAUCAAUGUCUCACAGGCUGGUUGGAACCCCAAUGACAUGCAGGCUCUCAUGACUCCCGGAGCUUUGAAUCUGGACAUUCUCGGAACGGGCUUGCCAUCUAUUGACCCUCCCAUGAAUACCAUCUCUCCACAUAACUUACAAGACCCUUCUGCCACAGCGGAUAGUAAGCUGGGCGCUCUCAUGAUGCACGGCGUAUCCGAUCCUCUGGGCGGCAUGCAUUUUAACCAAUUUCAGCAGCCCUCUCUUUCCAACUUUGAUUCAGACAGUCCUAGCAUAUCCUCGUCAUCAGUGCCGGACAGUGCGAGGCAGAGUUCCGUGACAUCUAUAUCCACAGAUUCGAUCACAGACGCAACUCGUCAAGCUUUGUUGCUCAGCCUCUCACAGCCAUCUGCGUUCAGCCACAGAAAGUUCUCGCAGCCAUCCAUCAGCUCACCUCUAUCACCUAGGCCUCAAGGACCAAGCCUUCCUUCCACUGCUGAUCUACAGCGUUACAUCAACGCGUACAUACAGUUCUUCCAUCCUCACCUUCCAUUCCUCCACAUCCCCACACUGUCUUUCGACUCACCCGAGUACAUGACAAAUCUGCGAACCGCAGGCGCUCAGGCAUCAGUCAAUCAUAGUGGCGUCAUCGGUGGUGGAGGUUGCCUCAUCCUGGCCAUGGCUGCGAUAGGCGCUCUAUACGAAUACGAUCAUCAGGCUUCGAAGGAGCUAUUCGAUUCCGCGAAGAAGAUGAUCCAGCUCUACCUCGAAGAGCGCCGCAAAGCCGACAUGUCUGCUGCUGUCAACGGUGGCCAGUACUUCAGCUCUGAGAGCUCUUCUACUAACACGCCUUUGUGGUUGGUGCAGGCUAUGCUAUUGAACGUCAUAUACGGUCAUUACUGUGGCGACAAGACUGCCGCUGAUAUUGCGAGCAAUCACUGUGCAGCACUAGUCAGUCUUGCUCGUGCAGCGGAGUUGGCACAGCCAACUACAGACUUGGACAACUUUGUUGACGUCAAGGAUGAUAAGACAGACGUGCACAUGGAUGAUGGCUCUUCUCCGUUCCAUGGUCACACAAAUGUCCACUUGCAUUGGCUAAAAUGGAAGGAGGCAGAGGAACGGAAGCGAACUCUCUUUGCGAUCUUCAUCCUUUCCAGUCUGCUUGUCAUUGCUUACAAUCAAACACCGGCCAUUACGAACUCGGAGAUCCUUCUCGCGCUACCUUGCGACGAGGAGCUUUGGACAGCAGACGGUGCUCGUGAGUGGGCUGCCAGAGGCGGAGCACAGGCAGCCGAAGCCAGUGCCACACCCUUCGCUGCAGCAUUGAGCAAUCUCUUGACCGCCAACCAGAGACAACAAAACAUGUUUGCCUACAACGUCUACAGUCCCAAUGGCGACUCUCACGCAGCGAGCGGUCAACUUCGACCAAGUACUUUUGGGUGCCUCGUUCUGAUCAACGCCCUUCAUAACUACAUCUGGGAAACAAGAAGUAGACACAUUGGACGUCAAUGGACAGCACAAGAGACAGAAUCCAUGGUAGCUCAUAUCGAGCCAGCAUUGAACGCAUGGCAAGCUGCAUGGAAGGCCAACGACCGUCAUAAGCUGCAGCGACCGAACCCCUUCGGCUUGGGACCUUUGGCAGCCGACAGCAUCCCUUUGCUGGACUUGGCAUUCGUAAGACUCUUCGUCAAUCUGGGACGUUCAAAAGAGGCCUUCUGGCAGCGUGAUUUCGAAGCGAUGUCAGAAGAACUAGCCAGUGGAAUCGAUAUCGCACAAACCGGCUCUCCUGAUCAUAAUUCGAACAGCUCAUCUGGAGGGUCGCCGAAUUUCAUGCAAGGCAAUUACAGUCACGGCCAAUCCUCGAUUUCGGGACACAGCACGAAGCGCGAACGUCAUUUGAGGAAGGCAGCGUUCUACGCCGCCGAUUCUCUGGUCAUAUCAUCCAAAUGCAACCUGACAUUUGCAGACUCUUCCGCUCAUGAGUUGCCAAUCCAGUCCGCUAUCUGCUUCCUUGACUGCGCUCAAGUAUUGGCCGAAUGGGAAACCACAGUUCAGGAACGCAUCGGUCGAUAUGUAGGCAUCCUCGGCCAAGCCGACGUGGACUAUGGCCAGGUGCCUGCCGUGAUGCUUCUUGAUACUGAGGACGUGGAGCUGCUUAAGAAAAUGGAGAGCAUCUGCGCUUCUAUGGAAGACAAGAUGGCAUUGCAAGCCAAGAUGUUGGCUCACGAGAUGGAUUCACUAGACCCUAGUGGAGGCAUGGGCCUUGCAUCACCCCUGGAGAGACUCAAUGGACUGUCAAAGUAUGGACUCGGAAGCAGAAUCUUGCGCAUGACUGCGCAGAUGCUUGAGAAGGCUGCUGUCUGGCCUGUGACUCAUGUGAUGGCCAGUGCUUUGGAAACGCAAGCAUCUCACGCCGACCAACGCGCCGAUUCUUCCAUCAACGCAGUGUCAUGA